AUGAGGGCAGAAGGAAUUCAAAGGAUAAUUGUAAUGGAACGAAGAGUGCGAGCUAGUGGUGAACAAUUUUCGACCCUUUUGGAGUUCAUGGAAAGUCACGGCGAUCUAUCAAAUCCCCGAAGUGGGCCUCAAGGGCGCUUGAAAUCGGAGCGGCUGUGGUGCGAAUCGACAACCAUAUUAAACUCAAUCGGUGGUGGAGUAAAUAAAUCGGCAGACAAAUGGAAAAAAUUAAUAAUUGAACAGCCAUAUAUGGGACUAUCACAACUCAUCCGAUCGCCAACACAGGCCCUGAAUCCACCACUGACCACACACCAACAAGAUGCAAUUGAUUUUGCAAUCGCAACAGCCGAUCAAUCUGUGGCUUUAUCGCCCGCGCCUGCUACUCCUACGCCAUCUGCUAGCUGGCAGCCACUGCACAUAAACACCCCCACACGGACAUCAACUUUAUGCAAUCAAUCUGCGAGUAGGAGUUCAAGGGUACAACCUGCACCUUCUACCCCUCCGCCAACCAGCAGGCGACGGUUGCCAUCAACCCUGAGAUCUGGGGUAACGGCUUCCCCUGCACGAAGAACAUUAAGGGCGCUCCGGAGGCGUACACACACGCCAUUCGAUCUAUUCGCUACGAGCAAGUUCGUUGCCAUCGAAAAUCUACGUCUUCGGUAG